GUUAUGAGGAUUUGAAAAUGAGUGGCAAAUACGUAAGAUAUACAUAUAAUUCACCUCUUGUGGUGAGAUUGAACCAUGUGUCUCUAUAUAAACCCCAUGACCCCUAUGCCCUCACAUUAUAGGAUCUUGUCGAGCAAACAUCUUGUACAAGAUUCAACAUGUUCUUAACCGAAUUAAACCAACUGUCCAUGAAGCUUUCAGCAACUAUUUUUUAUUCAAUAAUCUUUUUAUCUUCCCUUUUCUCUUAUUGUUUUUUCAAAAAAGAAAAGAGGUUGCAUAAAACUAGAGCUAAGCUUCCCCCAGGUUCAAUGGGAUGGCCUUGCAUUGGAGAAACUCUGCAAAUGUAUACGCAAGACCCGAACGUCUUUUUCGCUUCAAAACAGAGAAGAUAUGGAGAUAUAUUCAAAACCCAAAUACUUGGAUACCCUUGUGUAAUGCUAGCAAGCCCCGAGGCUGCUCGGUUUGUACUGGUGGCCCAACCUCAUCUGUUUAAACCUACCUACCCAAAAUGUAAAGAGAAUUUGAUCGGGCCAUCGGCCCUGUUUUUCCACACGGGAAAUUACCAUGCCCGCAUGAGGAAACUAGUUCAAAGCUCAUUUUCUCCAGAAGCGACACGAAGACUAGUUCCCGAUAUUGAAAAUAUAGCCUUAUCAAGCUUGGAAUCAUGGGCCAAUGGUCAAGUCAUUAACACCUUCCAUGAGAUGAAGAAGUUUGCGUUUGAGGUAGGCGUUUUGUCUAUCUUCGGCCAGUUAGACAAGAUUUAUCGAGAUAUGCUGAGGGAGAACUAUAGCAUUUUAGAAAAAGGUUACAACUGUUUCCCAACAAAACUACCUGGAACUGCAUAUCAUAAAUCUUUAAUGGCAAGGAGGAGGCUUAAACAGAUUCUUGGUGAGAUUGUGAACGAAAGGAAGGAGAAAAAACUGUUAACGAACAAUCUCUUGAGCCAUUUGUUGAGCUUCAAGGACGAAAAAGGAAACACGUUAAGCGAUAAUCAAAUAGCGGAUAAUAUCAUUGGGGUACUGUUUGCAGCUCAAGAUACAACAGCUAGUGUCCUAACAUGGAUACUGAAAUAUCUUCAUGAUGAUCCUAAACUUCUAGAUGUUGUAAAGGGAGAGCAGAAGGCGAUUUGUGAGUCUGAAUAUGGAGAGAACCGGUCUUUGACUUGGUCAAUGACAAGAAAAAUGCCAUUAACAUAUAGAGUAAUAUUAGAGAGCCUGAGGAAAGCAAGUAUCAUAUCCUUUACUUUUAGGGAAGCAACGGCCGACAUUGAAUACGAGGGGUAUCUAAUCCCGAAAGGAUGGAAAGUGAUGCCACUGUUCAGGAACAUUCAUCAUAAUCCAGAAUUCUUUGUGGAACCUGAAAACUUUGAUCCCUUCAGAUUCGAGAAUCCUCCAAAACCGAACACAUACUUGCCGUUUGGCAACGGAAUACAUGCUUGUCCAGGCAAUGAACUUGCAAAGCUUGAGAUGCUUGUUCUACUCCACCAUAUGCUUACAAAGUAUAGGUGGGAACUGGUGGGUCCAGCAGACUUGAUACAGUAUAGUCCAUUCCCAGUUCCGGAGCAUGGGCUAAGAGCUCGGUUCAAGAAAGAACUUUGACAGCCAACAAGUGUCCUUUCUAGAAAGAAUAUACGUCUUUAAUUCAGUUAACGAUUACCAGCGUGUACUGCAUGCCCUAUGUGUUUUUUCCAGGGUCUAGCUUACAGCUACAGCUACCGAAUCAUCGAUGCUUAUCGUAUCUGUAAUGUAUUCAUGAUGUCAAAGGUUGCGUUGUAUUUUAUUAUCAACAUGCCCUUACGGGCCAUAUGUAUGCAACAAUAAAGAAAUCUAUUACUAUGA